CUCGCAUCGGCUGCCGCUCCACCGCCAAUGCUGCACCCCACAGCCGCCACAGCGACUGGUGGUGGUCAGACUAUCGAUCUUCACUUUGCUCGCGGUGGCGCAACACAGACGAUCAGGAUCAAACGUACGAUCCCCUUGGAAAAGGCGUUCGCCGCUGUUUCGAAAAUAUGGGACGUGCAAUACUGCUCUCCUAGCCUCUAUUACUGGCCCGACGACACCAAACCAGAAGUCAACUUUACGUGGAGUGGGAUUCGACUCACGCCAACCGACACCGUGGACAGCGUUGGCCUGGAAGAUGGCGACACUGUCGAUGUUUGGGAUGUACAGAAAGGUGGCAACCCUGUUGUAUAUCUAUACUCCCCACAGCCAGUCGAGGCGACCGUGCGUCUCUCGCUCGUGCCGGAGUGGAACUUCUCGGUCGUCUACCCCGUGGUGCCAGUCAAGUCCACAGCAGCAGGGCAGGGGCUCGAGUGGCGGGUGCGAACGCAACAAGACGGCACGCUGCGUGAACUGACAACCGGUCUUGAAGUCGCGUAUUUGUACUGGGAAGCGAAGACCGAUGGCGCAGGAACGAUUAGCCCUCCAUCUUCGCCAGCAUUGGCCACGCCCCCUGCGAUAACGCAAGAGGUCUUCAGGCCCAGUCUGAGUGGCCUUUCGGACGAAGAUUCCGUUGUACUGCCCAUUGGCACUGUGACGCCGUAUCUCGAUACGGCUCUGGCUGCUCUGGGUCUGCACACGGAAGCCCGGACGUCGUUUAUCACAUAUUGGCUUCCUUCCAUGCUCAAGCAUCAGCACGUUGCUCUUCGCUUCAUAGAGCAAGCCGCGUACGAACGUGCCGCGCCGCUUGAUGUCACUCCUGCGCCCGAUGUUGUCACACGGGUCUUCAUGCUCUUCAAGGGCGUGGCCGCCGCAGAGCUGAACGCCUGGCCGGCAGCGCAGCUACGCGCGAAGGAGCCUGUGCGUAGGUGGCAGGAUGUGGUUGGCGUGGAGCUAGCUAAGACGCUGGACACGAGCCUCUUCCGAGUCAUCGAAUGGGGAGGGAUGGAAGUGUUGCAUUGAAUUGUUGUCUGAAGGAGCACAUGUACCUUUUGCUUCUAUCUAGCUUAUUUCUAAUAAUCCGUACACCAUCUGCUAUUGCUU